AGAAUGGGCAUCAGAGUGGUGCAAAGAGCCUUCGCUCCGCCUUCCCCAGACAUGUACGCCCCUGGCAUUGCGAAGAAGUCGUGCAGAGGGAAAGACAAACAACACAGAAAAGCACUUUUAUUUGGAUGCAGGAGCGCCCCCCUGGAGACGAAAUACUCGGAAAAUGAACAAAAUAUCUCUAAUGAUUCCGUCGAACAUACUCCAAAGCACAGAAACCGAUUAAUCGGAAUCCCAAAAUGUCCGCAAUCCAGGUAUUGCAGUCAACAGAUUUCCACCGGAGAGCAUCCUCUAGACCGACUGGAUAGAAACCCUGAGGAGAUGAAUAGUGAUCAAGGUGUUUUUCACGAAGAUACUCAUGAUAGGCUUGAAAACAUGGAAACUCCUGGAAUAGACGCUAUUGAUGAAGACAGUGAACGAAAACUCAACAACUACUACCGCACCCUGUGUAGCAGCCAACGACCGAGUUUGGCUGCGUAUUUGGCGGGGGUACCUUCACCGCACGCAUGCGCGGAAAAGUUCUAUCUGCUCGGCGAUGGGAAAGUAUGCUUGACGGCGACACUGGACAAGGCCGUCUAUGCCCAUGGAGAGGACAUCAGGAUGAGCGUGCACGUGCAGAAUAACAGCAACAAGACUGUCAAGAGCAUAAAGGUAACAACGAAGAACAUGUUUUUCGAGAAUUGA